CCCAACACGACCUUUUUAGUAGCCAAGGAUUCCAGAUACUCAGGGGCGGCCGUUCUUAUUAAAUCCAGAGCUACCUGGGGCUGGCGUUCUUUUCUCGCGCUUUUUAUACCGAUGCUAGAGUAACUUCGGCCGCCCUCCAUGCCUGCUCCAGGCGAUCAACACCAAGCGUGGGCUAACCCCUUCGAAGAGGCCAAGCCCCGCGUAUCAGAAUGGACGGCUAAAGAGAUUGCCACAAUCUCCUCACGGCUUGAUAAACAGCUCGGACCUGAAUACAUCUCUUCACGCGCUGGGCCUGGCGGUUCACGGGUCCAUUAUCUCACAGCCGAAAAGGUGAUUGGCCUCGCCAACGAAGUUUUCGGCUUCAAUGGAUGGUCGUCCUCGAUACAGAACAUCCAAGUCGAUUUUGCCGACGAAAAUCCUCAGACACAGCGUGUGAGCAUCGGACUAUCUGUAAUCGUUCGGGUCACUCUCCGAGAUGGCACGUAUCACGAGGACGUUGGCUACGGCUCUAUAGAGAACGCAAAGGGAAAAGCGAUGGCCUUUGAGAAGGCGAAAAAGGAGGGGACGACUGAUGCCUUGAAACGGACGUUGAGGAAUUUUGGCAAUGUUUUGGGCAACUGCAUCUACGACCAAGACUACGUUAAGCAAGUUACCAAGAUCAAGACCCAGCCGAACAAGAAGUUUGAUCCGGAUAACCUUCAUCGGCAUUCAGACUUUGCGAAAAAGGAGCCUACAAAGGAUAUAAUCAUGAAUGCUGUCAACAAUGGGGCGAAGACUAAUGCUCCUGCCAUCGCCACUACUGCUUCCACCUCCGCUGUUGGAGGAUUCAAGCCAGAGCCCAUGGACUCAUUUGAUGACUUCUUAGGGGAACUUGACGAGGCGGAUUUUUGCGUACCAGGUGAAGGCCAUCCAGAUGAGAUCGUACUUCCCAGCGCUGCCAACCCAUUCCAUGACAAGCCAGCGACUGUUGCAAACGAGUCACGGCAGGCCCAGCCUCCGGCUGGACAACCGGCAAAGCCUAUACCCGGGAACAACAUGAAUCGACCGCCCCAGCCCCAGCCGUAUACUCCAAGGCAAGGACAGCCACCACGACCGCAGAAUGCCCCGCAAGCCCAAGAUUCUUCAAUGGCUCCUCCUCAACAGCCGCCUCCAGGGGAACCCGUGGCAUUCUUCUCGGCGAGAUCUACACUUGAUCCAAAUCAAUCCAGCGGCAACCAGAAUCAACAAAAGCAACUGUUCAAUCCCAAGGCGGAAAGCCCUUCUAUACGAAAAACCCCUGGAAUUGAUCACACAUCAUCCAAGCCUGUGGCGAGGAACGGCCAGCAUGUCCCUCCGGCUAACAGCCAAGCACCAUCUUCUACGCAAAGUGGCAAUACAGGGGGUUUUGCGUCGCUGCGACAGUCAAUCGGCAGCUCUCAAGCCAAGGGCAAUACAAUGAACCCAUCACUAGACCAAGCUCGUAGAAUAGGAGCGCCGGGUGGCCUGGGCAGUCCUCUUGCAAAUCGAGGUCAAUAUAAGCCCCCGACGAUGAAGCGAACCCUCCCAGCUGAAGGGAAUGGAACCAAUGGAGCAAGAUCACCGUUGGUUGAUAUUCCCACAAAUGCGACGAGUGCUAAUGAUGGAGACGGUUUGGAUGCAAAGAGACAAAAGAUGGCAUAAAUGCCAUGACAGAUCAUAAAAGCGUUCGAAUAUGAAGUAGGGAGCAUGGUGUUUUGGAGUUUAUAUGGGUGAUGAUAAACCUUCUUUAAGGCUUGGUAUCUAUGGGAUUUCUAAGUGCCAGAACUCAAUGUGUCGCGGGAUAAUCGACUCACGAUGAGAUGAAAUGUAAUCUAAGCGUUAUUUCAAGUUUAAACUGCCAUACAUUUCCCAAAAGAUUCAUCUGUUACCAUGUCGGCCUUGGAGGCUUUGAGAUAUCGC